CCUCCACAUCUCCCCCUCCCCCUCCUCCUCCCCUGUCCCUCCCUCUCCAUGCGCUCCCCUGUCUCGCCCACGGCGCGGCCAUGAACGGCAGCGUGCCGGGUGGAGCCGGAGAUGGAGCCGGCGCUGCUGGAGCCGGGUCCGGGAAGAAACUGCUGAUCCCGGCGCUGAUGUUCGUGUGCGGGGUGGUGGGUAACGGGACCGCCCUGUGCGUCCUGUGGCGGGGCCGGAGAGAGGGACGGGAGCGCACCUUCUACACGCUGGUGUGCGGCCUGGCGCUGACCGACCUGCUGGGCACCUGCCUGGUCAGCCCGGUGACCAUCGUCACCUAUGUGCGGGGCAGCUGGCUGCAGAAGGAAGGCGCCCUGUGCAACUACGCCUGCUUCAUGCUCCUGUUCUUCGGCAGCGCCGGCCUGAGCAUCAUCUGCGCCAUGUCCCUGGAGCGCUACCUGGCCAUCAACCAUGCCUACUUCUACAGCCAGCACAUGGACCGGCGGGCAGCCGCCGCCACUUUGCUGGCCAUCUACGGCGCUAACACCCUGCUGUGUGCCCUGCCCUCCUGUGGCCUGGGCCGAGCCGCCCUCCAGUACCCCGGCACCUGGUGCUUCAUCGACUGGCGCUCCCGCGACGCCGCCCAGGCCGCCUUCUCCUACAUGUACGCCGGCUUCAACUCCUUCCUCGUCGCCCUCACCCUGGCCUGCAACGUGCUGGUGUGCGGCGCCCUGGUCCGCAUGCACCGGCGCCUGCUCCGCCGGACCUCGCUGGGCAGCGGCCGGAGGCAGCCCGGCACCGGGGCACCGACAGAGGCACGGCGUCCCGCCUCACUCCGGCCGCUCGCAGCCGCCGAGAUACAGAUGGUCAUCUUGCUCAUCGCUACCUCGGCCGUGGUCCUCAUCUGCUCCAGCCCGCUGGUGGUGCGUGUGUUCAUCAACCAGCUGUACCAGCCGCAGGAGGUGAAGGAAUAUGACCGCAACCCUGACCUGUGGGCCAUUCGUAUUGCCGCCAUCAACCCCAUCCUGGACCCCUGGAUCUACAUCCUGCUGCGCAAGAGCCUGAUGCGACGGGUGUUGCGACAGGCCCGCUGCCUGCUGCACUGCUCCCUGCCCCCCGGGAACGCCCGCCCUUCCACCCCCCUCCGCCGCCUGCCCCCUCCCCACUUCCCCCUCCCCCUCACCAUCCCCUGCAAGGUCACCCCACCCCCGCCCACCGCUCCCCCUCUCUCCACCCGCGGAGCGCUGCCUGGCCUGGGGUCACACCCAUCAGCUGGGGGCAAAGAGGGCAGCCCCGACUGCCCGCUGAAGGUGCCCUUCACACAGGACUGCGGGGGGGAGGCCGAGAAGUGUAUCUGAGGGGGGAGGUUGCCCACCCCCGCCACCCCCCCCCCCCCCCCCCCAUCUUCCUCUCUCCUAGCAAGGGGCACAGACUGAAGCCCCUCUGUGUGAAGGGGGCAGGGGGAUUAUUUGACACUGUCCCCCCCCCCCUCCCCUCCAUCUUGCUCCGCAGUACACUGCACUGAUGCCCACUACCCCUGGUGAAAGGUGGAAGGGGGGCAUAUCGCUGGCACCACCGCCCUGCGUGGGACAUAGACUGAAGCCCCCUCUCUCUCUGUGUGGGGAGGGGCACUAAUUGACUCUCCGCAUCUCGCAAUGGACUGGUGCUCAGGUGCCCACCCCCUGAAGCGAGAGGGGUGAAGCGGCGAGAAUGGAGGGGGAUGGGGGGGGUGGAAGCGUGUCAUGGAACCCCCACCCUAUGUGGGACACUCUCUUUGGAGGAGGAAGAGGGGGCAUUAUUUGACACUGUUGCCCCCCCCCCUACCCAUCUCGCUCAGCAGAGCAAUGGACUGAUGCCCCCACCCUUUGAGGGGGGGGGGGGUGGGUGUUGGGGAUAGAUGUAUUAUUUGUCACCCCUGCCCUGACUGAAGCCCUGUGGGGGGAAGAGUACGAGCAGGGGGGGAGGGGGUA